AUGCUGUUUUCUUUUACGUCAACAGACCAGGAGGAAAAAGCCAAGAUGCAAAGUUACAGGAGUAUUGAACAGUUAGAGGCCUUAGCGGGUGAGUUAAACACGAUUUUAAAAUAAAAUAAUUCGAUAAUUUGAAAUCUGUGUUAUUGGAAAGAUCGUAGAGAGUUCUAAACACAUAUGUAGUGAAAUAUUUUCGUAGUUUAAGGCUAAAAUGUUCUGUUAGUUUCCGGCUUUAGAAAUGAAUGAAAGCGAGAAAAAUUCAUGUUUAAACAUGAUUCGCAAGAUGUAAAUUAAAAACAACAUGGGGUUGUAUGCUUUGUUUCCAAAACUCUGAAUAUCUCGUCUGGAAAAUGAAUACCUUUUAUUCGGUAAAGUUAAACGUAAAAUCUCGCGCAGCUUAAUUUGAAAUUUGAUAGAAAUGAUUUAUCAAAUUAUUUAACCGUGUUAUUUAUUUCGCGGUCAAUGUCAUCGUAGAGAUGAUUUCAUCGUUACGUAAGCUUGAGUAUAUUUAUGUUGUUGUUUAUGAGAUUUCGUGAUUUUUUUUAUUCAAUUCCACAGCAUCUCCGAGCGGAAUUACGAUCAAGGAUCAUGAAACGGUAAAUCUUAUCUACAUUCAUAUUUUCAUAACUUUUUUUUUUCACAACCCUGACCUAAUACUUGAGCUCUGAUUUUAAAUUAAACCUCCACUUAAAUUUUUUUUCAAUUUCAACAUUAAUUUCGGGUUACAACAUAUGGUUUUAGUAAACUGAAAAUAGAAUAGUUCGGUUACCUGUAAAUGCACUUUUCUUGUUUUCUCGAUUAAAUUAUUGAAAUCGGGUCUUUGAAUUGAAAUUAGAACGAAGUCACGUAUUUUUUGAAGGUUUUUGUAAACAGUGUUUCUUUUACUGAGCUGUUUAUAACUUAUUCAAAUCAUCGAUUUAAGUACGUAAUUACAACAUAGUUAACAUGCCUUGUAGUCAAGAAGACAAUUGCUUGUUUUUUCCAUUGUUUCGAGUGGGUGAUUGCUUUUGAGUGUGAUCAGUCGGGAACGUUCAUGAAUUAUUGUUUAUGAGAAAGUAGAGCUUUUUGGAUCAAUGUCCAAAUUGAGUCAAUGUCAGUAUCUGAGCAACUGCCGACCUACCCUUCCCCUGACCCAACAUUAUCACUAAUGCCCCAUUCACACCAAAGCUUAAACAUGUUUAAAAGUUGUUUUGUUAAACACAGUUUAAUUUUUUUUUUCUUCAUAGAAACUAUUUAACCGAAUAUUUUUGACUUGAAUGUAGCACAUUGGAAAUGCAAGUUAGCAAGUACUUGAAUCCAAUGGAAAAUCAAGUUUUUCAGUUCUCUGUUUAUAAUUUUCAUUCAAUGAAAACCAGUUUAACAAAACAUGUUUUGCUGGUGUGAAUGGGGUAUAAGUUGUUAUCAGUUGACUAUCUUUGGGUUAGGGGAGGGGUAUGUACGCAGACAUGAGUCCAGUUUUUCUCUGUAAUGUUAAUUGUUGAAGAAAUAAGUUCUUAUUUCGUUGAUAACGUUUCACAGCUAUGUGCCAACGAUACAAAUCUAUUUUUGGUACCCUUACGACUUUUUAGUUGUUUUUUCGAGGCAGAUUGUCUUGGAAUCGUGUUACGUAAGAAGAUAUUUAAAUGUUGAUCCAAAAAAUGUGGAGUAACUUUGCAAAUCAAUCACCAGUGUAAACAUGAGCCAUGAAUGAUUUUUAACGCAACAUUUCGAUGCGACAACGGAUGGCAGAUUUACAAGGAUUUGAAAAACUUACAACAAAGCUGUCUAUGAUUCUCUGCAGCCGAAAUGUUGCAUUAAUAUGUAAAUUUGUCGUUAGAAAGUCGAUCGAAAUUUAGUAAGAGAAAAUCUGGGCAAAACUCGGUACCAAGCCGCUCUCCUGUCGGGUCGAGCGAGUGGUUUCGAUUAACAUCAAACUGAUGAACGUCAAAUUUUAAACUACUUGCAGUUGAUUCAAGAGCUGAAGAAAGAGAACUUUGAUUUGAAGCUCCGACUGUAUAUGGAACAGAAAGAGAGAGAGGUGAGUGAGAGGAAAUUAUUUUCUGGCAGUGGAAGCUGGAAGCAUUAAAGGGCUGAUAUGUCUGAGAGUAUACUUCUCUAAAAAAUGGCAGACAAGAAAAAAUGUAAUCAGCGACAACAAACACUUAGACAGCUAAAAAUAAAUUGAAAUAGUGAAAGAAAGCAUGGCAACAAUAUCGACGAAUCUGGUUAUUUAAUUUUUAUCCAAGAUCAUAUCUAAUGUCGGACAGUUUUAUCCUUUUUUUAAGUUUCAAUAUCGACUUCUUGCUAUCCAUUAUCUUACAUAAAAACAGGGAGGCCGUAAACGAAGUUUACACAAACGUUUAUAGCAUGCAUUGCGGACCUAUGUUUCAUAGAUAGACUGCAAUGGUUGAUUUUAAUAUGAAUUGCGGGUCUUUGUUCAGACAAACGACAGGGAUACAUUUAACAAGUUAUUGCAACCAUUCUAAUUUGUUUUGCCAUAAAUUUUUCAGAGGGUCACCGAAGAGUUUAAGCAAAAAAUUACAGUUUUGGAAAGCGAUCUGACAGAAGCUCUUGAUGAAUUAAGCGAUGCUCUCGACCGAGAAAAAGAUUUCGAGGCUGCUUUGGAAAGCUCACAAAUGCGGGAGAAGGCAUUGCUUGCUAAGCAACGUCGAAUGGAGGAAACUUGCCGUGAACAAGAAAACGAGAUUCAAUUUCUUACUUUGACAAAGAAGGACAAAGAUAAGGAGAAAGAGAAGCCACACGUAGAGUUACAGACGGCUGAGGUUGGAACCAUGACUGAUUUUCCAUUUUACAGUGAAAGGGCGGUGGAUGUUGGUAACGUCAAUGAGAAUGAAGCUUUUAGCGACGUUGAUUUGAAAGAUUCUGCCGAGAGCCCCAAUCCGAGUCCAACCCAAACCGAGACACGACCUGAAGGCGUGGAUCUGUUGAAUACAGGGACGCUUUUGCGGAAGAAGGACAUGAUUAUGAGAGAGGCGAAGCGCCGCAGAACAGCAAGAUCUAAGAAAGGCCAACGAAGGAAUGUCGCUGGCAAAUACGACUCAGAGCCGGAACACGAAAGAGAACGAGCACGAGCGGAGAGAAAGUCAUUCUUCCAUAAACUGUGUUGUUGUGUGAAGCAGCAAAGUGCUGAAUAUGAAGUGGACCCUUACGAAGACAGAUCAAAAGUGCGCUACAGAAAGUAACAAUUAAAAUACUGCAUAGCUAGUUUAUCUCUGUCUUCACCGUCGUAAACGGUCGGAAUGACCGACGUCGCACGAAGUGUCAACGAACUGCCGAAGAACACUUUUUCAACGAUGCGAAAUUUUAGCUGAAAUGAAUAUAAUUACAAGUUAGAUUUAUAGAGGUAACUGCUCUUCGUAGCAAAUUGCAGCGCGAUUUUUCGGUCCACUAAUCUAUUUUGAAGGAAUUUUUACAAAAUUUCAAGAUGACCCAUAACUUGUAAAUACCAUGUUUUUUUUAAUUUUCGUGCUUCAGAGGGAAGAAGAAUUCAUUACGUCACUUUGGAUGAUGUACUUCCAAUGAUCUGAGGCGAUUUUAACUCCGAGAAAAAGAAGAUUUUAUAAUGGACACAAAACUUAAAAUUUUUCAAAUAAUGUUAAACGAGUUGCUUUUCGAAUCAUGUAAGCCUACUCAAAUGUUCCCAUAUAAGUUCACGUGAUGAGUGACUAACAAGUAACAUCUCCUUACAAUAUUAUUACAGCAUCCAGCAGAAACGUAAUAAGAAUUGAUAAACGCAUCAACCAUGGUAUGUCACUGUAAUGCAAUACCGAAUUUUUGUUAACUACACAGUCCUCCAUACUAAUUUUUUCAGUCGAAUACGGUGAAUCGUUGAUAUAAAUAAUUGACAGCUUUUUUUUCUAUAAAUAUCGUUACGAUAGUGUCUUCUUAUAUCAAGUUUAAAUUCUCUUUUUAGUAAUGUAUUAGAGCAAUUUUCAAUUAAGUGUCGAAAGUAAUACGGGAUUGCGGUGGUUUUGCUUACUUUGCUCUGUGAUUGGUCCAGAAAACUUGCGCCACUCUCCCAGCCAAUCAAAUGCAAAUCACGACUUGGUCGCCGCGUUUUCCCGCGCUUUGGGCGGUUGUAAUUACAUUGGCUUUGUUUUCACGACACUCAAUUGAAAAGCGCUCUCUACUUAAGAUUUGAAUAGGAAGGCAUAAUUCAUACUGAAAAAAAUUAAUUUACAAAAAUUUGAUGAAAUGGAAAGAAAGCUUAUUGUUUCGGGAGAGAAUGAAUUGAUGCCUCAAGGUUCCAAAUGAACAAAUUAUAUUUGAUGAGCAUUUGGGGGUUAAGUUCGAUUGCAAAACAUGGAAUUCAAAGGCAAAAUAUUUACCACAGAUACUUUUGUGGGUAAGGGGAUAGAUUAGUGAAAUUAUACGUAUACAUUUAAGCUGAUCUAAGAUAAAAAAAAACUUCUGAAGAAACAAUAUUUUAUUGGCAAGCCUAGACGAAAAGCGCCUAUAAUUUUUUUUUAGGCUUGUAGAUCUAUUUUAAAAAAAAUUUACAAACGAUAAUGCAUAUUUAAAACCAAGGGGAUGAUUUUGAGUUUAGAUAACUGUACAACUGAAUUACAUCAAAGCGGGUCAAAUAUAACAUUGCAUUUGUACAUAGAACCAAUACUUUAGAAUAAACUUAUGAACAAG